AUGAAUGAUGAGAAACCUGUCCUUGAUCAAGUUCAUGAGUAUGAACAUUUAUGUGCUGAUAUUGUUGCCGAGGGUAUGGCUAUUCCUGACCUUUUCCAAGCCAAUUGCCUUCUAGAAAAAUUGCCUGCUUCUUGGGAGAAUUUUGUUCAUUCCUUAAAACAUAGGCAGAAAGAUUUUACCCUUCAAGAGUUAGUGUCCCAUAUAAAAAUUGAGGAGCAGAACCGUAAAGGACCAAAAGGCAAAGGUCAAAAUCAGUUUCAUGGUACCAGGCAGAAUAACAACAAUUCAAGGGAAAAGGAGUGCCGUCAAAGGAAGGAAACUCCAGUCAAAUCCAAAGAUGGCAAACCUCAAGCCAACCUUGCUGAAGAUGAUGAUGUUAUUGCUGCUGUGGUGUCCGAGGUAAAUCUGGUAAGCAAUGUUUCAGAAUGGAUCGUGGAUACUGGUGCGACCCGUCAUAUCUGUGCCAACAAAGAAGCAUUCCAGGAAUACCAGAGAGUUCCAGAAUCAGAAUGCAUCUUCAUGGGAAACUCAAGCACUGUGAGUGUUUUAGGCAAAGGAAAGGUUUUCCUGAAAUUAACAUCCGGGAAAACCAUUGCUUUGCAGAAUGUCCUGCAUGCUCCUGAUAUCCGCAGAAAUCUCAUUUCUGGUUCACUUUUAAACAAAGCUGGGAUUAAGUUAUCUUUUGAAUCUGAUAAACUUGUAUUAACCGAAAUGACUAGCCCUUAUACCCCAGAACAGAAUGGAAUAGCUGAGCGGAAAAAUAGAACUCUUAAAGAUAUGAUGAAUGCUAUGCUUAUUAGUUCAGGUAUGCCUACUAAUAUGUGGGGUGAAGCUAUCCUUUCUGCUUGUUAUGUCCUUAAUCGAGUUCCCCAUAAGAAGUUAGAUAAGACCUCCCUAUGA